AUGGUCUCCAAUAAGACAGUUUUAUUUGAUUCUAUCCCAAAUCACGAGCCAGUCGAUUCGCUAAAGAUCGUCACUCAGCAAUUCGACCUCGACCGUCAACUCGCUCCUGGGGAGGCUAUUCUCAAGGUAGAAAUGCUCAGCCUCGAUCCGUAUAUGAGGAGCAGGAUGAGGGAUCCCAGCAUUGAAACCUACGUGCCGCCAUUCACCCUCGGAGAGCCAAUCGACAAUGGCGGUGUCGUCAUUGUCCUGAAGAGCAACAACGCGCAUUUCAAAGUAGAUAGAAAAUAUUACGCUGGCUUCACUCUACCUUUUUCCGAAUACGCACUCGUUACUGAAGCCUCGAAUGCCUUCUAUACGGAUAUCACCGACGCUGAACUUCCAAACGAAACCCUGAUUGGUGCAUGUGGCUUGCCGGGAAAAACAGCUUACUACAGCUAUAAGCAGCUUGUAAGGGGUAAGGCUGGUGAGAAGAUCUUUAUCAGCGCAGCUUCAGGCGGCAUUGGACAAAUGUUAUGCCAGCUGUGCAAGAUGGAUGGUUUAAAGGUGUUGGCUGCUGUAGGUAGCGACGAGAAGGUCGAUUAUUGCGAGAAGACACUCGGUGUCGACCGCGCUUUUAACUACAAGACGAGCGAUACUCGAAAGGAAUUGGCUGCAUUCGGAUGCGACAUAUUCUACGACAACGUUGGUGGGAAGAUGUUGGAAGAUGUUUUGGACCAAAUCAAUGUCUACGGACGCGUAAUUUGCUGCGGUCAAAUUGCAACUUACAACUCCGGUGCUGAGGCGUAUGGUAUCAAAAACACCUUCCAAAUCGUUGCAAAGCGCCUAUCAUUCCAAGGGUUUAUCACUUUCGAGUUGAUUCCACAGAAGCCAUUUCAUGAAUCAAAGUACAACACAAUCGAAGAAGAAUUCAUGGCUACCAUACCUUCCAUGAUAAAGGAGGGUAAGCUGGACGUCAAAAAUCACGUCUACAACGGCAUCGAAGCAACUUCACAGGCAUUCUUGGACUUGCUUAGAGGUGACAAGCACGGAAAGACUGUGAUUCAGCUGUAG